CGUACCGUUUUAACCGUGUACUUUAAUGAUAACCUUAUGCGCCACAUGCAACAACAAUGUACCUUUUUCCUCUACUUCCUUUGUUACCUCUAAAGUGUCCCCCGCUCCCCAGGGCUACAUGCAUAACAAAACAGUUACACCACAAUAGCAAAUAAACAAAUCACGUUUUUUUUAAAUAGUUGAACUUUCUGGCUUUGUGAAACAUACCUCAAACAAAGUAAAUUAGAUUAUUUUAAUUAAUGGCAUAUUUUUCCAAAUCAGGUAGAGGAGAAUAUUUUGGAAUUACUCAAUGUUGAGGAAAAGGAAAAAAUUAUGAAAUCACCUUGUAAUUUGAAUUUCUAAAACAUAUCCCAAGUCUAAAAAUGUUUAUGAUGAAUCGCGAAUCUGCAUUGGCCAAGGAGAUGAACUUUUGUCAUGUGCCAUUCUAAUGAAACAUAUAAAGAUGACUGCCUGGAGAAAACAAUCACAUUUACACUCAUUUAUGAUAUGGGGUUGCAUGUCAGGUAAAAGGGGAGAUGCCAAUUAAAAAGAGGGAUUAGUGACAGGAAUAAACAGUUAGAGAGGGAUGAACAGAGAGAGAGGGAUGAGGAAUGACUGCAAAGAUUUACAGCCAUGGAAACAGAUGGAGGAAAAAAAAGAAUGAGGGAAAAACCAUAAAGAGAGGGAGAGCCGAGAUUUUGCUACAGAAUAGUGAAAAGGACCAAGAAGAACGGAACAAAAACAAGAGGAAGCGAAGAGGAAGAGCGGUAGAGAGACAUACAGACAGACAAAGGGAGUGAGAUGCUCAGACACCUCCUUUUGCUUUCCCUCCUGAUGACCUUUAACUUCUGCGUCACCUUGGGAGGGAGAGCUCAGUGCAAACUGAAGCAGAUGGACAAUGCGCUGAAGCCAUGUGUGGGUUGAGUGGAUGCAGCUUCCCUGUGUGAGUUAAUGAAGUGUUACAGUCCUGUUGGAUCACAGUGUCAGGUGGUGAAUAAUGGCAACAUUCCCGUGCCAAAGUGUAUCUGUCCAACCACCUGCCCUCAGCAGGGGGCACCAGUGUGCAGUGUUUUAGGUAAAACCUACAUCAAUGAUUGUCUCCUUCACAAAGAGACAUGUCACAAAAAACGCUGCAUUGGAAAGGCACACAAUGGACCAUGUUUGGGUAUUUCAUACGCGCGCGCACGCGCACGCACACACACACACACACACACACACAAAAGAAAGAAAGAAAUUAAGGCACAGCAGAGCCAUCUGACAUUGAGCCAAAAAUUCUGCAAGCUGUCUGUCUGUCUGUCUGUCUGUCUCUCUCUCUCUCUCUCUCUCUCUCUCUCUCUCUGUCAGAGCUGGUUUUUGCUGCUGGAUCGCAAUAAAAAUGGGAAGCUAAGUAUGAAGGAUCUCAAGAAGCUUCACUAUAAGAAGAGUCCACUGGAACACUGUGCUAACAAAUUCUUCAGGUCAUGUGACAGUAACAGGAAUAAUAAAGUGACUGUGAGCGAGUGGAUUUCCUGUUUGGUGGAUCGAUCUGAGCAAUGGUUUAACGAAUACAUGUUUAAGUGAUGAUUACAGUUUGUGGUGUUUAUUAUGUUUAUAUGCAUGGUGUUUGUUGGUGUUUUGUCACUAAAGUGAGGUACUAAAAUUAUUUUUUAACACAGCAGUGAAAAUGGGUUCGAGGAAACUGUGUGAUCAGCGCAGCACCAUCGACACACAGAAUGGACCUGAAUAGAGAUGAAUUUAUUAUUUCUGUAAUAUUCAUUUAUUCCAUUGUAAUCAUCCUGAAAAAUCCUAUUUAGUCCAGAUAACAAAAUGAUUAAAAUGCUCAUUCUCAUUUUUACUUUUUAAUUGUAAUCAUUUGUUCUCUUUAAUUUCCAAUCCUUUCUUUUUAUUCCUUCAUUUCUUUCUUUCACUUAUUCUUCUUUUAUUCUUUCUCUCAGCUCAGAUUGUAUUAAGUCCUUGUAUGAUUACAGUCAGAUGUAAUAAACUCUGUAGUCACCUUUCAGUUCCUGUGUGUGUUAAAUUGAAAUGCAGAAUAAAUGCAUCAUUCACCAAACACACAAUUACCACAUCAGUCAUAACUGGAUGGAGGGAUGGGCGGCAAGGAGAUAGCAAUAACCUUAAAUAAAGCAAAUGGAGAAAGAGAUAAACGAGUGCAUGAUCAAAGAGAAGAGGAGCGGAUAAACAGCACCAUGAGAGAAACUCAGAGAAAAGAAGGACCAGUUAGCCCUACCAAUUUUAGCCCUAAUUUCCCAGUUACAUAUUAAUGUUGGUGCCUUUCUGUGACAACAACACAACUGACCACAAGCCAUUAAAGUGAUGUAGUGUGAGCUUUCUGCAAGUCUGAGAUUUUGAAAGUUAUCAGUAAUGUGAUGGAGGAGAAAAGAGAGAUACACACUGCCAAACACUGGAGAGACACACACUACAGUUGCAAUUAAAAUUAUUCAACCCCCAUUGUAAAUCAGGUUUAUUGUCAACAUUUACAGACUACAGCUGCAAUGAACAAAUCAAACAAAAGCAACUGAAAUAGUUCGACACAAUGAAUGCUUCAAGUGGCUUCCCCAAAUUCAACUGAAAAUGCAAUUUAAUGAUUUUGAACUUGUUAUGAGCUGCUGCUGAAUGUAAGUCUACUCUGUACUCUUGCUCUCAGACUAUAUAACUGUGAGUGAGAUGCAUCAAAUCACUGAAAUGUCAACUCCAACUAGAGGACACAAUAUAGUGUGAUACAAUAACAAAACAGCUUCAUUUGUAUUUUCAUGAACUUGUAAUAUAAUAAAAGUUCAACAUAUGACCUCUAUAUUCCUUUUUUCUUUGAAACCAUUUUUUUGAUAGGAAAGGUGCUGAUGACAUGAAAUGAAAAUGUUAAAUGGCUGAAAGAAGAGCACAGAGAUAAUUCAAUUGAAAAUCCAAGAUAUGGCUGAUUGGUUGACUGCAAACAGUUUCCAGGAGUUCAUCCAUACAUUUCAAGAUUGAUCUCACAAUUUAUUCCAUCUUCACCACUGAAUAUGCU